AGAAUGUAAUGCAGUAAUUUCUAGGUGUCUGUGUUUUUUUGUUUGUUGAAGAAAUAUUUUCCAUUGAUUUUGUUUUAUUAAUGAAGGUUUGGUGCUACAGAAGCAAUGUUUAUACACCUAUGAUGCUGUGAAUUGGGAUAUGGUCAAUUACUCUUGAUCACUGCGCCUAUGUUCACAGUUAAGAAAUUGCUCACAGGCUUAGAUUGUCUGUGCUCCAAUGUUGGUGAAUACUUAAUAACAGAGUAUGUUACAAAUAUAUUGUUUACAGUUUCUGUGUUAUGCUCUGAGUUGUGUUGAUUAUUGUGUUAGAUUUGAUCAAUACAGAACUGUUUUUGGUUGUACCGUGUGUUGUAAGUAUAGCUUGGUUCGUUGUUAAAGUGAUGGUGUUAUGUGGAAAACAAAUCUGUUUUAUGAAGAAGAAUACUGUUGCCUAGUGAUAGUGAAGAAUUGUGCUGAAAGUUCCUUCAGUGAAGACACUGUGCUACAAGAUUAGAUGAAAUUAACAGAAAUGUAUAUAAAGAAAGAGCCAGGGUCUGAAGGGCCUGCAGUCCCUGGUGAUGAUCCUCAGAGCCGUGUGUGUUUUGUGUGUGGAAAUGUUGGUCAUCCAGAACAUUUCUGGUUGCGAUCAAAGCCUGGAGCACCUGGGGAAGCAUAUUUCCCAUUUCUGGAAUCCCAUGAACCUCCUGCAGGCUACAGAGAUCAUGUAGUUGCACCUGAUGGACUGCGAGCGUGUUGUUAUUUGUGCUACUCAUUGUUACUGCAGCAGUGGGAAUGUCAUGAAAGAGACGGCACUCCACAUUCACGCCGUCUGUAUUGGCUGAAACGUUGUGACAAUGGACCAUAUACGGGUGCUGAAAUGGCUGUGCAAGGAGAAUAUGCUGCACAGGUCCUUGGACUCAAUUCUGAUGCAACCUCUAGGGAAGCGAGUCGACCUGUGUCCAGAGAAGGAACUUCAAGCCGUCCAGGACUAUCACCACGCCUUCAGUGUCCACCUGCUAUGUCUGUAGAUGACUCACGAGGGUCAGAAGCAGCUCUUGAUCUUCGUCAUGCUACUAGGGAAUCUCCAUCUGCCCCACCUUCAGUCAGUGUACCAACAGCACCAGGUCCUUAUGGUGGGACUGGCCCAACAGGAACAGAUAUUCUGGACCUCAGUAUGCCAGACAAGAAUUCAGCUACAGAGGUCUGUUAUGUUUGUGGUGAUGAGUACAAACGUGGUUCGCUCAGUCAUAUAUCAGCCAAACCUUUGCCAUCGGCAACACCACCUACAAGUGAAGCAAGUGGCAAUUCUCCUUUGCCUUCUCAGUCACCACAGCCAUUCUUCCCCAGUCUCAUGUUACACCCAAGGCCUGCGCGCUCUCGCCCCAUGGAUUCUGCAGGUCGUGUGCAGGCCUGUUCUGCCUGCCAGCGGCACCUCCUGCAUCAGUGGAAUGCGUACUCUGCUCAAGGUGUGCCACAUGGUGAUCGCAACUAUGUUUUGAGGAAACGCCAGGCGCCAGCACUUGACACAACGACCUUUGUCUGCUACACAUGUGCACUUGAGUAUCCCUCGUCUUCAAUACGUCUCCUCUAUUGCUGUCCCAAUCCAGAGAAAGAGGCGUAUUUCCCUUUCAUUUGCUCUCUUCAACCCCCACAGGGUGCUAGUCCAAUAUCACCACAGGGAAUGGUGCAAGUCUGCUCAAUUUGCUAUAAAUCCAUACCACAGAAGCAUCAGGUUUUUGGUGGCAGUAACCAUCACACAGAACAGCAGUGUCCACCAUCUCGUUCUCCGGCAAGUGCAGGUGGCGGUGACAUCCGUUUCAAACCAUAUGAUUUAGGAGGUGGUGCUAAAGUACCAAGUGUCCGCCGAAAAACUUCAGUUACCAGUGAACCAGCAACUCUCUCCUCUGUGCGUAGUUUACCCCCACCUGCAUCACCAGGACAGCCCCAAUCAAUACCUCCCCCAGAACGCCAACAAAAUGGUGCUCCACCUCUAACCAAUGUGAACAACAACAAUCUGGGGCAGCAGAACUAUCGAUGCUACAUUUGUGGUGGUCUGUAUGCACGGUCUCAAAUGGAGUGGUUAAGUACAAGCCCAGAAGGCAUGAACUCACAUGCCAUGCAUUUUCCUUGUCUCCGAAAUGUGACUCGCACUUCAGAAAAUGCGUGCACUGAUUCUCAUGGUCGGAUCCUAGCUUGCACUCGCUGUGUCAAUCACCUGACACAGCAGUGGGAAACCCUGGAGGCUGAACGAGUACCCCUGGAACGCAGGAGGUACGAUAUACCCACAUCAUUGGGCAGUGGAUGCUGGAAUGGUGACACACCUAGUACAAGUAGUUCCCCAGUUCCAUUGGGACCAACACAUAUAACAGAUCGCUCUAUUACAUCGGGGAGCUCCAUCUAUUGCUUUCUGUGUGGACUGCACUCUGACCUCACUCUAGCUCGUGUUCUCUAUGGGCGGCCACAGGGUCGUAAUGCGCCGUUCUUUCCAUUCCUCCUCCGUCAUGUGUCACCACCUAAUGCAGAACAGUUACGAGAAGAUGGCUCAGCACUUGUCUGCACCUUCUGCUACCAUUCCUUGUUAGCACAAUGGAGGCGUCUGGAACAAAGUGGACCUCCUGCUGACCGUCGUGAUUACAACACACAUGACUAUUGUUGCUAUGUGUGUGGCAUUACUACAUACCGCAAGCGGGUUCGAGCUCUGCCUAUUAAGGAUUUCCCUUUCUUGAGGUAUCACAGACAACCUGAGAAGAGUCUUCUGCUCGAAAAUGGUGACUUUGCUGUGGUGUGUCUCGAUUGUUAUGAGACUCUGCGCACACAGUCUCUUGAAUAUGAGAGGUGGGGGUUGCCUGUAGAAAAGCGUGAAUACAAUUGGAUUACACAACCACCACCACCUGAGGAUUCGCCAGAUGCUACUGUUGCGAGGUUGCCAUCAGGAGAACGGUCAGAAAAAUUGGUACCACCAGCCCUUACGGCUCGCCCACCACGAAAAAAUUGUUCACCAAAGAACCCAGACAAAAAAGUUAGUGGGUCUAAGAAUCCAAAUGGUCCUGAUAAAACAGAACAAGUUGUUGUUGUUGUUGUUGUUGUUCUAAGCCUCAUGCCAAAUAACUUGCUACCUUCAGAUAUGUCCUAUGCUCUUGGAGAACGCGCUGAGGAGGGUGUUGGCCACCCACAAACAGCAAGUGUCAAGAUCGAGAAACGUCGCUUUGAAGUUGAGGGAAACUGCAAAAGAUAUACUUGA